UGUGUGUGUGUGUGUGUGUGAGAGAGAGAGAGAGAGAGAGAGCCGUUGAGCAGUGGGAGAGUGAUAGAGUAUAUCAGUCAAAGAAAGAACCAAAAGGCUGAGGGAAAGAGUGUGAGAGAACUACUAUGCCCUGUCCCACUCCAUGAAUGUAUUCCCCUUCUCUACAGACGAGAGAGAGAGAGAGACUACCUUUCCUUACUCUGGACUCUACUGCUCCACCAUGGCACCUGUCACAGACAGAGAGACACGGACCUAGGAGCGCUACAGUACGAGGAACACACAGAGUACAAAGGUUCCAGUGCCACUGUGAGAAGCUGCUUCAGUCCCAUCAGAGCUGAGAGGUGAGAGGUACUGAGAGGUACAGCAGACGCAGAACAGGGAACGCCACACUACACAGGAAGGCUGAGAACCGAUUGGAGAGGAGAGUGACGACAACAUCCCAACCCAGUCCAACGCUAGCCGUGCCAGGCUACUGCCAACCCCAGGACGCCAUGAUGAUGACCGUAAUGAUGAUGAUGGCGAUGAUGGUGACAUGUAGCUCCCUGCUCCUCUUGGGGCUCAAGGCCUCCCAGGUCUCGUCCAGCGGAAUCCCCAAGACCAGCGACUCCUCUUCACCCUCCUCGUCCUCCUCACACCCAUUCUCCUCCUCCUCCCCUCGCAUGAAGCUCUCCUACAAAGAGCUGCAGCAGUUCCAUGGCGUGCGGCGGUUCGAGCUGGAGCGCUCGUGCUGUUUCAGCGCUCUUUUAUUGGAUGAGGAGAGAGGACGGCUGUUUGUGGGCGCACGCAACUUCCUCUUGUCACUCAGCCUGGAUAACAUCGCCAAGCAGGAGCACAAGAUCUACUGGCCAGCCCCGGUGGACUGGAGGGAGGAGUGUAACUGGGCAGGAAAGGACAUCAAUACAGACUGUGUGAACUAUGUGAAGAUAGUGCACCACUACAACCGCACCCACCUAUAUGCCUGUGGAACCGGGGCCUUCCACCCCACCUGCGCCUUCGUAGAGGUGGGACAGAAGAUGGAGGACUAUGUGUUCAGGAUCGACCUGUCCAAGGUGGAGGAUGGGAAAGGGAAAAGUCCAUAUGACCCCCGUCACCCUGCAGCCUCAGUACUGAUAGGUGAUGAGCUAUAUGCGGGUGUGGCCACAGACCUCAUGGGACGAGACUUCACCAUCUUCCGCAGUCUGGGGGGACGACCAUCCAUCCGCACUGAACAACACGACUCACGCUGGCUCAACGAGCCUAAGUUUGUGGGUUCGUUCUGGGUGCCAGAGAGUGAGAACCCAGACGAUGAUAAGAUCUUCUUCUUCUUCCGGGAGACGGCGGUGGAGGCUCAGGGUCUGGGGAAGUCCACCUACUCCCGCAUCGGACAGCUCUGCAGGAAUGAUAUGGGUGGCCAGCGUAGUCUGGUCAAUAAGUGGACCACCUUCCUGAAGACUCGUCUCAUUUGUUCUGUGCCAGGCAGUGACGGCAGUGACACCUACUUUGAUGAGCUCCGGGACGUAUUCCUGCUGCAGACCAGGGACAGGAAGAACCCUCUGGUCUACACCGUCUUCUCUACCUCUAGCAGUGUAUUCAAGGGAUCAGCUGUGUGUAUCUACACCAUGAAUGACAUCCGCAGGGCCUUCCUGGGGCCCUUCGCCCACAAAGAGGGGCCAAACUAUCAGUGGGUCCCCUUCCAGGGCAAAGUCCCCUACCCACGCCCUGGCAUGUGCCCCAGCAAGACGUUCGGCAGUUUCGAGUCCACCAAGGGUUUCCCUGACGACGUGAUCCAGUUUGCGCGUCACCACCCUCUGAUGUUUAACCCUGUAUACCCCCUGAACCGCCGGCCAGUCUUCCUGAGGACCAACGUAGACUACAGCUUCACCCAGAUCGCUGUGGACCGGGUGGGCGCCGCAGACGGGCAGUAUGACGUCAUGUUCAUUGGCACAGACAAAGGGACCGUGCUGAAGGUGAUCUCUGUACCUAAAGAGAGCUGGAAGAACAUGGAGGACCUGCUACUGGAAGAGCUAGAGGUGUUCAAGGAUGCCUCAUCCAUCAUUAACAUGCAGAUCUCCUCAAAGCGGCAACAGCUGUAUGUGGGUUCAGACACGGGUCUGGCCCAGGUUCCUCUGCAUCGCUGCAGUGUCUAUGGGAAGGCCUGUGCUGAGUGCUGCCUGGCCAGAGACCCAUACUGCGCCUGGGACGGCACCUCUUGCACCCGCUACCUUCCCAACACCAAACGGCGUUUCCGUCGUCAGGACGUGAGGAAUGGAGACCCCAACACGCUGUGUUCAGGAGACCACCACAAGCACCGCGUGGCAGAGAGGAGGCUGUUUGGGGUGGAGGGGAGCAGUACCUUCCUGGAGUGUAUCCCCAAAUCCCUGCAGGCCAGAGUGACCUGGACCUUCCAGAAACACCCCCACAACCCCAGGGAAGAGCUGCGUCUAGAUGACCGUGUCCUGCACACAGAGCGGGGACUGUUGGUAAGGAGGGUACUGAAACGUGACACGGGCCUCUACCAGUGCCACGCCAUGGAGCACGGCUUCACCCAGACCCUACUGGACAUCACACUGGAGGUAGUACCCUCCUCUUCCUCCUCCCCCUCUCCACCCGCUGACUCUCUCCUCCGAUUGGACCCCGUAGUGGCGGCCCCCUCCACCAGUCAGAAGAUGUGGUACCGGGACUUCAUGCAGCUGGUGGACCACCCCAAUCUUAGCACCGUGGACCAGAUCUGCGAGCAGGUCUGGGCGCGCAAGAAUGCCCAAUCGGGAAAGAGCUUCCCGGCUUCUCCUGCCAAACAGGCCCCGCCCCUCGGCCCUGUGGUCCAGACCCCUAACAAGAAGUGGAAGCAUCUUCAGGACAUCCGCAAGGGGAGGAACCGCCGAACCCACGACGGGAAGCCCUCCCCACGAGCACCGCGAAGCGCAGGGGAGUAACAACAGUCAGAGAGAGGAGAAGGAGAGGGACUGAUACAGACAGAGUUUAGGGAGAGAGGAAAAAAGAGGAGGAAAAGAGAGGGACAGAGACUGAUAGAGACCAAGGACUUAUGGAGGGGGUCAACCACACACACACAGCACCUCCUUCUUUGUGAAUAUUUACCUUCCGACACCCCACUAUCUACUGCCCCAUGAUGCUUCACUCUUCCCUGACACCUGACCCCUGACUACCACCCCUUGCUUGUAUUGCCUUCUAUUAAUACCCCAUCCUAAUUCUAUCUGCCCCAGCUGUCAGUCACUUUGUAUGCACUCUGCUGGAGAGCUUCUGAUAGAGACCUCACCACAGCAGAAUAAACUGAACAGACAGCCAGACAGACAGACAGCCAGACAGACAGCCAGACAGACAGACAGACAGCCUAACAAGUUAAAGGAUGGCUCAGUGUGUGUAACUCAAUCUCUCAACGGAAAUACAACUGGCUCGUAACUGGAAUAUCAGAACGGAAACAGACAUACACACAUUUACAACCCAUGAUGACAAUGAAUUUGAUGAUGAUGUGGAUGACAAAUUGUGAGAUGGACAAAAACAAUGGGAUCAAGACAGAAUACACAUAACUCCAAAUGCAGAUUGAUCCACGUAGAUAUAAUCACAUUUCACGUGUUUUAUAUGCAAAGAUAACAUAAUGUAGACGUGUGCUUUGUGGUAGAGCUAGGCUUUUGAUAUACUUCUUAGCAUUUUGGUCCAAACAACUACAGAUUGGAGAAGGCACUGUACUGUCAUUCCAGUGUAUAUAGAGUACUCACAAUGAGGGUAGAUUCUGAAGCAGAGAGAGUGUACAGGAUCAAUAGAAUGGUUCUAUUGUGAUUUUGUUUUUCAAAAUGGCUGACAAGGUAGAGCAAGUGGAAGAUAUUCUACAUAUAUGUUCAUGGGGUGACGAGAAAUAUGUCUUGUGUUUUAUUUAGUCUUUUAUUUAAAUGACCUGUGUGUAUUUUCUGAUUGUAAUGACUUGUGUUGUGUGCUGACACAAUUACAUGUGGGAGUUGAGAUGGUACUAGUGACAGACUGCACAACAUCAAUGUGUAGGUGGGAUUGCAAGGCCUUGUGAAAGAAUAGUAGACUUUAAAUACGACAUCCCAUCUUUGGGCUAAAAGCAUGAUAUUUAUGUGUGAAAACAUCUUGAUUCUUAUUCUAAAUGGUACCUACUUUGUUCUUUUACACUGUUUAUGUAGAUGUGUGUGUGUGUGUGUGUGUGUGUGUGUGUGUGUGUGUGUGUGUGUGUGUGUGUGUGUGUGUGUGUGUGUGUGUGUGUGUGUGUGUGUGUGUGUGUGUGUGUGUGUGUGUGUGUGUGUGUGUGUGCGCGCGCGCAUGUUGGCAAGAGAGCUGAAGAGUGUUUCUGGUCAAUUCCCUGCUAUGUAAUAUGUUCAUUAUAUCAUAAACACAUACAGACAAAUAUCACCACUGAGGUGCCAAGAAUUGCAAAAAAUGACAGUUUUGUCUGAAUUCAAGGACAAUAAUCAGGUACAAUAAAACAAAAUGAUAAAGUACAGACAUUAUAAGAACUCCUAUCCUUGCUGCUUUUUCUGUAGGCCCGUUUCUGUGUGUCAAUUACACAGGAUACCGUUGCUGCCUUGUGUUCAGCAAAACCUGUUAGAGUAGAGCGCAACCUAGUGAUUUUUCCGUGUACAGACCUGGCCUGGUCCAAGGACUUUCUGUGGUGAUUCAAUAUACAGACAUAUAGUCUGUUGUGAAAGACAAGUGGCUUUGUAAAAUAAAACAUGCUUUUACUUUUUCCCUUAUCCCAGUGGAAUCUACGAGAUCGUUUAGAUGUAUUAAAUCCUGUCUGUUAUUUAUACCUGCUUUAUAAAGAUGUCAUUAUUAACUCUUGAAUGACUGAGGAAAAUAAGUUAAGUGGACUGUAGUUUUGUGCUCUUUAAUUGCAUGACCAAUGUUAGUGGCUACAUAUGGACAUUGGAGACUUUGGUUGCCUCCCUAAAUGGCACCCUAUUCCCUAAAGUGCACUGCUUUUGACCAAGAUCUACAGGGUUCUGGUCAAAAGCAGUGCACUAUGUAGGGAAUAGGGUGCCAUUUGGGACAUACUCUUUGAGAUAACCCAAAGGUCUGCAGAUGGCGAUAUUGAGUCAUUUCAUUUUACCGUCCAAAUGGAAUGGAAUGCAGCCGGCUGUACACUCAUGUCCCACGUCGACCUGUUCGUACAUAAAACAUUCUCCAUUCAGGCUACAAAUGUAUACAUUUCAUCCUUAACUUGAUUUAAUGGUGAGAAAGCAGAUAGAAAUGGGGAAAAUAUGCAUACUUUAUGAAACACCAUUUUCCACCACCAUGCUACAGUAGCUAAUGCUAGUCCUGGAUGAUGCAUAUCGUGUUCAGCCAAUCAGGUUGCAGCAAUACGCAACAUCCAAAUAUAAAAUAAAAUAAAAUUGUAUUGGUCACAUAAACAUAUUUAGCAGAUGUUAUUGUGGGUGUAGCUAAAUGCUUGCGUUUCUAGCUCCAAUAGUGCAGUAGUAUCUCACAAUUCACAACAAUACACACAAAUCUAAAAGGAAAAUAAUGGAAUUAAGUAAUAUAUAAAUAUUAGUACUAAUAUUUAGCUACUCUACCAUGAUGGUGGAAAAUAGUGUUUCAUAGUGAAAGUACGCAUAUUUUCCCUGUUUUUUCUCUCUACCUUCUCGCAAUUAAAUUGGGUUAAGGAGAAAAUGGAUGCCUUAGCAGCCUAAAUGGAGAAUGUUUUAUGUACGAUCCGGUCCAGGGGGAUGGGAGUGUGUACAUUCCCUUUGGAUGGUAGGAUGAAACGACUCAAUAUUACCAUGUGCCGGCCUUUGGGCUACUUCUGAGAAGUGCGACUGAGUUGAGAAAGCACAAUGUCAAUAUGGUUAUGCUAUGUAUUUAUGUGUGCAGAUAAGCUAAUAUGACGUGGAGGAUUUUUUAGUUUUCUUGUAGAGACUAAGGGCUCUAUUCAAUCUGUAUUGCUGAAACGGUAGAGUUUGCACACUAGAAAUGUUAAGGCAGUUUCCGAUUGAGCUGCCUUUAAAUUUCAAUCACGCUGUAACGCUGAACUUCUGUGAUACGGAUUGAAUAGAGCGCUUAUAUUUGUACCAUAGGCCUACACAUUCUCCCAAAAAUACCAUCAUUUAAAAGAUCUUUCUGUAAAUGUUGAUCCGGUUGUCCAAUUAGCAUCAUUGUUCUUUACACUGCCCUCCAAUCGCUGAUCCUUUCUAUUCCUUGCUAUGUUACGCACCCCAACAUUAUUUCUGAGAGAGAAAGAGUGUGUGUGUCUGUGUGCGUGCGUGAGUGUUUUGUGUAUAUUUGGGGGAAAGGAGAGCUGAUAUUGGUUAAGGAGGAGAGGUGGUCUGUGAAGACAGUUCAAAGUUCAAGGCCAAAGUUGACAUGGUGCACUGUAUUACUUCCAAAGUCCUUUGUGGAUUGUUAAUGUCAGAUUGUUUUUAACACAAUAAAAUACCCAGUUACUUUA